UUUUUUUUUUUAACGUCUACGUCUCUGACCUAACUCCUUCACUGUAUGGAUUCCAAUGUUCACAGGAAAACUUUUUUUUCACCUGUGUAGUUUAGUAAUAUAUGUAUGGCUCACAAGGCUUGUCAGAACAGACGGGAAAAAAAUGGAGCAUUUAUUACAAGAGUUGGGCAUUGAAUUAAGGCUUCCUUCAUUCUAGACAUGUACUCUACCCCAAGCUAGCUCCCUAUGCUAUUUUUGUACUUUGUAUUUUGAGACAAGGCCUCUGUAAAUUGCCUAGGCCACCUUGGAUUUGUAAUCCUUCCGUUUUAAACUGGAUGAAAGGCUGAGACACCAAAGUUGAUGUCAAAAAGUAUCUCUAAGUAAUAGCGCCUUUAGUCUCUUCCUUCGUUUUAAAGUGCAGUUAAGUGAUUGCCAACUUUCUGUGCGGAUUCCAAUUUUAUAAUUAGUACACGAGUUUUUAAACAUCAGUUUGAUCAGUUUAUUAUAACUAAUAAACUCUCCUAUCAAAGUCUCAACUGAUGUUCAAUCAAAUCCUGAUUUCAACCGCGACUUUUAAAGCAGCCUUACUGUGAGCGCUGGUCUCAGUGCUGACACCUCUGGUUUCUGUACACCCUCCUCCGCUGUCAGUAGGGAGAACACAGAACUCUGGGAAAUGUAGUCGUGCCCUCUGUGACGUCACAAACAGCCGCUCUGCGAACCGCACUUCCGCAUCCCGUCUGCAGACGUUUGUCUUCCCCUAAGUUAGCGGUGCUGAGUCCUGCUCCUCGCUCUUGGUUGGAUCUCUGACAUGGAGGUUGGUCCAGGGAGCAGUGCAGCCUGAGGGAAUGUGCAGGGUGGGUGGUCCGACUUGGAGGGAACGGAGCUGAGGUGGAUCAGAGGAAAGGUGAAGCCGAGUUGGAGAUGCUGUGCUGCUGACCUAAGCUGGGCCACUGAGCCUGGAUGCAGUGGGGAGACCAGUAUGGGGGUGGCGCUGUGAGUGAAAGCUUUGUUCAGACGCUGCCUUAUACGCUUCUGGGGUGGGAAAGCUGGCCCUGUAGCCCAGAAAUGUGGACUGGUGGAAGGUUCAGUAUUGUCCCCUGCAGGGUAGGCUGACUCACUGCUUGCGUCAGAGAUGUUAAUAGGAGCCCACAUUCCAGCUUGCCUGGGGAAGCCAGUUGGUACUAGCUGACCCACUCUUACUUGACUGUGGUCAGAUUUCUCAGGACUUCUAGAUCAAGUGGAGAUCUGGUACCUCCUGUACUUUAUGGCCGGCCUAAUACUCUUAGUUUGAGUUGAUAGAUGUUGCUAGUUUCCAGGGACAGAGUUCUGCUAUGGAGGAAAUGCUGUCAUUCAGGGAUGUGGCCAUUGAUUUCUCUGCAGAGGAGUGGGAAUGUCUGGACCUUGCUCAGUGGAAUCUGUACAGGGAUGUCAUGUUGGAGAAUUACAGCAACCUUGUGUUCCUGGGUCUUGCAUCCUGUAAGCCAUACCUGGUCACAUUUCUGGAGCAAAGACAAGAGCCUUCAGUUGUGAAGAGACCACCAGCAGCUACCAUGCACCCAGGGGGAAAGCCCUAUAAAUGUCAAGAGUUUGACAAGGCCUUUGAUUGGAACUCACUCCUUAUUCAACACCGGAGAAUUCACCCUGUGGAGAAACCCUACAAAUGUGAAGAAUGUGGUAAGGUCUUUAGUGCUCACUCAGCACUUUCUAUACACCAGAGAAUCCAUACAGGAGAGAAGCCCUACAAGUGUGAAGAAUGUGGCAAGGCCUUUAGUACUCGCUCAGCACUUUAUAUACACAAGAAAAUUCAUUCUGGAGAAAAACCCUACAAGUGCGAGGAAUGUGCAAAAGCCUUUUAUUUCCCUUCAUUACUCAAGCAACAUCAAAGAACUCAUUCCGCAGAGAAUCUCUGCAAGUGUGAAGAAUGUGGCAAAGCCUUUUAUUUACCUUCAUUCCUUAAGCAACAUCAAAGAAUUCAUUCUGCAGAAAAUCCUUACAGGUGUGAAGAAUGCGGGAAAGCCUUUUCCUAUCCCUCAACCCUAAAGCAACAUCAAAGAAUUCAUUCUGGAGAAAAACCAUACCGCUGUGAAGAAUGUGGCAAAGCAUUCCGUAGGUCAACAUACUUUCACCAACACCAAAGAAUUCAUACUGGAGAGAAACCCUACCAGUGUGAAGAGUGUGGGAAAACAUUCUACUAUCGUUCAAACCUGAAGGGACAUCAAAUUAUUCAUUCUGGAGUGAAACCGUACAAGUGUGAUGUGUGUGGCAGCAUGUUUAGAACCAGCUCAGACCUUUCUAAACACCAGAGAAUUCAUGCUGAAGUGAAGCUGUAUAGCUGUGAAGAGUGUGGGAAAGCCUUUUCUACUCAUUCAUACCUCAUUCGGCACAAACUAGGCCAUUCUAGAGAGAAACCAUACAAGUGUGAAGAAUGUGGCAAAACAUUUUGUUAUCCUUCAAUCCUUAAAGAACAUCAAAGAAUUCAUUCUGGAGUGAAACCUUACAAUUGUGAUAUAUGUGGCAGCAUGUUUAGAACUCGCUCAGAACUUUCUAAGCACCAGAGAAUUCAUGCUGAAGUGAAGCUCUACAGCUGUGAGGAGUGCGGGAAAGCCUUUUCUACUCAUUCAUACCUUAUGAGGCAUAGACUUGGUCAUUCUGGAGAGAAGCCCUACAAGUGUGAAGAAUGUGGGAAAUCAUAUAGCUACCCUUCACUUCUUAAGGAACAUCAAAGAAUUCAUUCUCAAAAUCCCUACAAGUGUGACAUUUGUGGGAAGGUUUUCUGUACUCGCUCAGGACGUUCCAAACACCAGAGAAUUCAUACCGGAGAGAAACCCUAUAAGUGUGAAGAAUGUGGAAAAGGCUUUUCUACUCAUUCAUACCUUACUCUGCACAAAUUACUUCAUACUGAAGAGAAACCUUACAAAUGGGAAGAAUGUGGUGAGGUUUUUUAUACUUGCUGAAGACUUACUAAACACCAGUAAAUUCACAUUAGAGAAAAUCCCCACAAAGGUAAAGAAUGUGUCAAAACUCUUUACUGUACUUCAGACUUUAAAUAACGCCAUGAAAAUUCAUACUGAAGAGAAACCAUACUUUUAUUAAUCUUUAAGCCUUCAUUAGAUACAAGGUCCUUCCUACUGUAGAGAAACUACAGAUUUGAAAAAUAUGGCCAAAUGUUUUACUGUACUGAAACUUUAAGACCCAGCAAAAGGGCUCAUUCUCAAAAGAAUCCCUUCAAGUGUGAAGUAUGUGACAAGGUAUUAUGUGCUGCCUUGAACUUUCUGUCUACCAGAAUAUUUAUUCUGGAGAGAAACACUGCAAGUGUGAAGAAUUUGGAAAAUCCUUUUUAACCCAUUCAUUCCUGAUUCUGAUCAGUCGUGGCAAAGUUUGGGGCAGGUGUUGUUUUUAUUUUAGGUUAAUUAUGCUCAGACCUGUUGAUUGUGGAGGAACCAAACCAUCUCUGUUGGGUAAGGAUUCUGGAUUGUAUAAAAGGAGAAAGUGAACUGAAAACAACCAUUCCUCUAGCUUCCUCUGCUUCCUGACUGUCAAGGCAAUAUGAACUGCUGCUUCAGCUCCUGCUGUCCUAAAUUUCUCACCAUGAGUCACAGUGUCAUGAUUUGAAUGAGAAAUGUACCCUGUAGUCUUAAGUAUUUGAACAUUUGUUUCCCCGAGUUGGUGGUUCUAUUUGGGGAGAUUUAGAAGUAGGUCACUAGAGGUGAACUUUGUGAAUAAAAAGCUCCCUUUGUAUCCAGUUUGCUCUCUGCUUCCUGCUUACCAUUGAGGAUGUGAGCUCUCAGUUUCCUGCUUGAGGCACCAUGCAAUGUGUUGCCAUGUCCUCCCUCUGUUGCAGAUUUUGAUCCCUUCUGUACCAUAAAAUGAAGUAAAGUCAUUCAUCUAUAA